AUCUUCCCUCCCCUUCUUCCUCUCUCCCUCCUGCCCUUUUUCCUCUCCCAGAAAGAGGAUAAGGAGCAAGUCACGGGAUCGGGUGACUAAGCGACCCAAACAAAGGGAUCAAUACGCAAUACAGGCCACAAGAGGAAGAAGAGGAAGAUGGAGGUCAACAUGCCACCCGCGGCUGUCACGCUCAAGGGGAUAUUCUUGGCCCACCUCAUUCUCACCGUCUGGAGUUACUACAGCGCCUGCCUCAACACGGGCAGCACGCUCUACAAUGGUGCGUUCCUGUUCCUGGUGCUGUGGAGUAUCCUGCACCGCGACAGUGAAGACGCGCCCCUCAUGGCUCUGCUGCUGAACCUGAUGGCGAUAUUCCUGGAUGUCAUGGCGCUUGUGCUGGGCUGGCCGCGGAUCUCCUCCAGUCUGGUGCGCUUCGGCCUGGCUAUGGCGGUGCUCAACCUCAUCCUGCGCCCCAUCACCAGCCUCAUGUUGCAACGCGUCCUUCACGAACGCUCCGGCUCCUACGGCUCCUACGGUCCCUCAGGCCUCGACAGGAUCUUCGGGGGGACCCGACGCAGCCCAUACGAGGACAUAGACCAGCCCACGCAGACCAACCAGGGUGGCGUUGGUGGUGUGGGUGGUGGCGGCUUGGACCAGGAGCAGCACCGGGCAGCCUCCCCCCCCAGCGAGAGCCUCUUCACCACCUAGACGCCGAGGCAAGGAACGCACACUAAGGGGUCGGAGUUUAAGGUUAAAUUCCACUUGUAUCAGCUGAGUCUUCUUCUUCUACACCUCGUUUAGCAUCCCUAUUUUCCCUUAUGGGGCUGGACGAGUUAUGAGACCCAGCUGUGUCACUAGAGUCUUAUAAAUGUAUUGAUAUAUAUGUGAUACCCAGCAAGGAAUACACACACUGAUUGGAGUUUGAGGCUUUACCCCACACAUCAGCUGAGGCAUUAGUCAUAUGAAUGUAUUGAUAUAUAUGCUUAACCCAGCUUCCCGAGGGUGUUUGAGGAAGGGCAGAACUACGGUAGAGUCCUGAAUAGUGGAAUGGGUUAAAAACAGUGUGGAUUUGAAGUUGUUUGAUCCAGUGGAAGGUGUUUGUUUUUUUGUUAAGGAGACAGCACAAGGAUGACAAAAAGAGAUAUAGAGAUGAUACAUAUUGAAAGAAAGAUAUGGAAAAGAAGGGUGGAGUUUGAGGCUUGAUUCCACACAUCAGCUGAGUCAUUAGUCUUAUGAAUGUAUUGAUAUAUAUGCUUAACCCAGCUUCCCGAGGGUGUUUGAGGAAGGGCAGAACUUCGGUAGAGCCCUGAAUAGUGGAAUGGGUUAAAAACAGUGUGGUUCUGGAGUUGUGUGAGAUCCAGUAGCAAGGUAUAUGUCUUUUGUUAAGGACACAGCACAAGGAUAAUAAAAGGAGAUAUAGAAAUGACACAUAUUGAAAGAAAGAUAUGGAAAAAAAGGGUGUGAUUCAUGAGUAGUGUUGAGAUCCAGUAGCAAGAUGUUUGGUUUUUGUUAAGGAGACAGCACAAGGAUGAUAAAAAGAGAUACAGAAAUGAUACAUAUUGAAAGAAAGAUAUAGAAAGAUAUGAAAAAAGAAGGAUCAGACAGUGUGGUUCAUGGUUAGUGUACGGCUCUGAUCAAAUGGGUGACUAGUAUGAUUUAAUAACCCAGGGAGAAUGCCAGCUGGGUUUGGGUAUAUGGGAAAACAGCUCUGAUCAAAUGGGUGACUUGUAUAAUUUAAACUUGUAACCCGGGACUUGUGUUUAGAGAAUGUUCAGCUUGGUUCGGGCUUGUGUUUAGAGAAUGUUCAGCUUGGUUCGGGCUUGUGUUUAGAGAAUGUUCAGCUUGGUUCGGGCUUGUGUUUAGAGAAUGUUCAGCUUGGUUCGGGCUUGUGUUUAGAGAAUGUUCAGCUUGGUUCGGGCUUGUGUUUAGACAAUGUUCAGCUUGGUUCGGGCUUGUGUUUAGAGAAUGUUCAGCUUGGUUUGGGCUUGAGUUUAGAGAAUGUUCAGCUUGGUUCAGGCUUGUGUUUAGACAAUGUUCAGCUUGGUUUGGGCUUGAGUUUAGACAAUGUUCGCCUUGGUUGGGGCUUGAGUUUAGACAGUGUUCAGCUUGGUUUGGGCUUGAGUUUAGAGAAUGUUCGCCUUGGUUGGGGCUUGAGUUUAGACAAUGUUCAGCUUGGUUCGGUCAUACAAGUGUCUACGGGGGAGCCUAUUCUGAUUAAAACUAGAGUAAGAUAAUGUGUAAUUCACUUUUUCCAGGCUUAGCUUUAAAAUACAACAACUUUCUUUCUUUUUUUGUAGCUCAGUUUAUGUGUGUGUUUUUUGCGGAAGAAAGAAAGAGAGAGAGAGAGUGAGUGAUGUCCUGCACGACCCAAGGUUUAUUUUUCAUAUUUUUGUACCGUUAUCAUCUCAAGUGUAGAGUGUGUGUGUGUGUGUGUGUGUGUGUGUGUGUGUGUGCAGAGAAAGGUAAUGUAAAGAGGGAAGGAGGAAAGAGAGAGAGAGAAUGAUUAAGAAAAAUGUAUGGAGGAGGGAGGGAAAGGAGAGAGAGAGAGAGAUAACAUGAGAAGGAGGAAAGAGAGAGAAGGAUAAUGAUGAAUGAAUGUGUAAGGAGGAGGAGGGAGAGAGAGAGAGAGAGAGAGAGAGAGAGAGAGAGAGAGAGAGAGAGAGAGAGAGAGAGAUAACAUGAAAAGGAGAGGAGAUAAAGAAAAAAAAAUGGAGUGUGUGUGUGUGUGUGUGUGUGUGUGUGUGUGU